UAUUUUGACGGUCUUAUAAGAAGCACUCGUUUUCAAAAUGUCGUUUUGUGUAUUAUAAAUGAAAAAUUUGAACAUUAUUUUGUACAUUGAAAAUCGUCUAUCGCAGCAGUUUGAAAUCAACACAAUUUUUUUUUUGCAAAUUCUGUGCUAAUUGUGUUUUUUUGUGCUUAAAGAACGAAAUCUAAGAAAAAGAAAUAAGGAAACCAAAUAAACCUAACUCUUGAAAUUUUUGUAAUUUUAUUUCGAAAAAAAUAAAUAAAUAUUUUUUCUGUGUAAAUGUGCUAAGUCUAUAAAGUCUGUACGUAUUUUGAUUGAACAACGACUUUAUAAGCGGGUUUCCGUCGUGUGUCGAACAUUUUUUUUUCUUUUUUAUUUUUGCGAACUUAACAGUCAAGAGUUUCAUUGGCAAUGAACUAUCUAAAUAUAAAUGGUUAUACCUACCAAUAAAUGAUAAUGACUUUGAUUUUAAUUAGCCUUGGCAAAGUUUAUUAACUUCAGUGAAUAAAAACGAAUAUAAAUAAAAAGAAUAUAAAGGGAACAAACUGAACCUGAACUUGAAUUAAAUUCUUUCUUUUUUGUGAUUUUGUGUUGCGGAUUUUUGUGUGUGUAUGAAAUCCAUUAAAUCUCACCGCUGCUGAUUGCAUUAAUUCCAAUUUUUCUGAGAAAUUAAAUUGAAUUUUUUCUUUAAUUUUCGUCUGAUGGUGUCAAACAGUGUGUUGAUGAAUUGAAUAACAUGAAUCAUAUUGCAGUGAUUCUAAUGAAUUUUGGAAAUAGAUUUAAAAUUAAAAUAUCCAACUGAACACUCAGACAUUUUAUGAGACUACAAAUGGAUGAACAAUUAUUUAGGAUGUUAUACAGGUUCGUUUAUCCUACUUGUUUAUAAUAACAGCAGCAAUGAGUCAAAAUCAAAAAUUGCCGAGUAGCGGCGAUUUUUACGACAACAACAGCUCAUCAAACAGUUUUACGUUGAUGAAACCGGAUCCCAGCUUGAACUACAGUAACUCCAUGGACACAACGUCCAGUAACCUGUCGACAACGGCAAUGCCUAUUCCUCGUACACGUCAGCUGGCCGAUUUCUCAGAGUUUAAUUUCGAUCUGGAUCAAUCUUUAUCGCCGCAAUCGCUUCAAGAUUGCAAUAUAAUUACAUCCAACGGCAUCUAUGGCAUGCAACAAACGUCCACGAAUUCGAAUACCAUGUGGAGUGCGAUCAACGAUGCCAUUGGAAUGCCGAAACAGGAACUACACAUCGAUGAUGAUGACAUUUUUCAGGUGGACAACGCUGACUUAUUUCCCGGACCGACUUUGGCUGAGCUGAACGAUGAUACGAUUUUGGAAGAUUUGAAUAUUGAAGAUUUCAUUUUGCAACAGGACAAUACGCUUAUUUUGUCAUCGACCCACCCGACGUUGACCACUUUGCAGCCGUCGCAGAAUGUCAUGAUGACGAAUAUUUCACCACCGCAACAGCUUCUACAAACCCAACAACACGUUCAAUUACAACAACAGCAGCAGCAACAACAACAACAGCAAAUGAAUAUGCAAGGCAUUAUAAUAGCACAAGAUGCACUCUAUGAUGAUCCUUCCAGUCCGUACGAUAUCUAUAAUACCACGCCAACCAAAUCGUUGAAUUCCAGCAAUGCAUUUUCGCCAGGCAGCCAUAACAGUUCCAAUUCGCCACAACUUCACAAUUCAGUAUCACCUCCGUUGCACGGAUUCAACAACAAUGUUUCGAUGCAAAGUAAGCCACAGUACUCCACCCUACAAGAAUUACUCAAGAAAGAGUACGUGCUAUCCGAUCGAACGCAAUUGGGUCAGUCGGUUCCAGGGCCGUCGUCAACAUUAUUGAUGGCUGGUGCACAUAAUCCGGACGGAUUUGCAUCCAAUCGUCGAAUACAAUUUCAACAACAGCAAAUGAACUCAUCGCGCCUGUCGUCAUCUGCUCCGACCUCAACUGGGCUGUGGGAAAAUCAGCAAGUGUGGCAACGUCGUGAGCCCAGAAAACAUUUAUUGUCGACCAGCAGUGUAGCCGAGGCCGGUUCAACGUCAUCACUGAGCACUGGCGGUAUUUUAAGUCCUGAAGGUCACGAUUUUUCACACGAUGAAGGCUACGAUGACAGUGAUAGCGAUCAUUAUGAAGACUAUUCUACGGACAAUGAUUCCGAUAACGAAGACACACCCCGGUCUAGCGGUAAUAAGAAGGAGCGCUUCUUUUGGCAAUACAACGUCCAGGCGAAGGGACCGAAAGGUCAGCGUCUAGUUAUCAAAUCCCAAUUGGAGGAUCCGCAUGUCUUGAAUGAAAUCACCGAUCCCGUUUUUAGCCCUAAUUGCUCUGUGCGAGGAAUUAAGGUAAUAAAGCAUAGCGGCAAGGCAAGAAAGGGUGACGGCAACGAUUUGACACCGAAUCCGCGGAAAUUGUACAGCAUCGGCAAGGAACUCGAUAAAUUGGGAAAGACGAUAAAUGACAUGACGCCAGUCAGUGAAUUACCAUUUAACGUACGGCCAAAGUCUAGAAAAGAAAAAAAUAAAUUGGCUUCACGAGCUUGUCGACUAAAAAAGAAGGCACAACACGAGGCGAACAAAAUCAAAUUAUUCGGAUUGGAGACGGAGCAUAAACGAUUAAUCAAUGGAAUAAUCGAUAUUAAAAAGGCAUUGGCUUACAAGUGUGGGCGUCCACAUGAAAAUACUGACGAGGCGAACGUUCAAAUCGAAAAAGUUGCUGUUCAGUCUACAACUCUCAAAAUAGCAGGUUCAUCGACAGAAUUUGUGAACAAAGUUCUGGAGAAAGUCAAGUCAGGGACACCAAGUGGGGGAUUGGAAGAGAUAACAACGGAUAAUUAAGCUUGAUACUAAGUCGGAUGCGAAUCAUUUUUUAAGAAAUAAAAAAAAAGAAACGCUUCAACUAAAAUUACUUUGUAAUAUUGAUUGGGUACCAAAUAUUUAUUAUUAAUGCAAAGAAAAGAGAGAAAUGUUAUUGUUUUUAUUAUACUUGUUUGUAACAAAAAGAUGAUUGUACGAGAAAAUCUAUUGCAAUUUAUUUUGUGGUUAAGAGUUUAUAAGGAAUAAAAAGGAAAGAAAGAACGAAAAAAAAAACAUAAAAUAUUUUACUAGUUUUUAAUUUUAAGCUUUAUAGUCGAGUAACAGUGGCUGAAAACCAUAAAAUUAUUUUUUACAACUUUUACAAUAAGAAAUUUUGUGAUUUACUUGCAACAAGAAAAAUGAAACAAAAGAUAAAAUUAUCAAAAAAAAAAAGAAAAGUUUAAAUUAUAAAGAAUGUGAAUAUAAGAAAAAAAUUACGAAAGUGAACGGGAAAAAAGUGAACUACGUUUUCGUUAAGGGAGGCAGUACAGUUUGUUAUUUUCUUUAAAAUGGACGUUCAGCCAUAGAAUUAAUACUGGUUUAAAAAUAAAAAUCAAUUAGCAUACCACGCAUGCAUGCACGGGACUAAAAAAACAUAAAUUCUUCGGUCAAAAUUAUUCAUUACACCAAGGGUGGAUCCAGAAAAUUUUCUAGGGCGAUUGAAAUUUGAUCCGAUCGGUUUUACGAUAAAUUUCAUUUUUAGGGCAUCAAAAUAAAAACAAAAACCACGGGCUCAUAGGUGGAUCUGUGCCUGCAUAAAUACACAAAAUGAAUGUGAAAUCCUGUGUUCAAUUUGAUUCGAGAACAAAUCAGUGGUUUUUAUACCACUCAUAAAUGAAAAUUCCACACUGGCCACAUGGAUCACGAACUCAACGUAACCCCACGUAAUUUUUCGUCAAGUAGUCCUUAACCUCAAUUAACGUUAAUGACGUUAACUGCGUUCAAUUUACUGGUUUUUAAGUUGGAUCACUGGUCUAACUUCAAGAUAAGAACUCGAUUGCAAGUGGAUUCUUGGAUUUCAAUUUCAUCGAUUUUGAAACUGUUUCCAAACAGAAAAUUGUAGAAAUUAUGAACAGGCUGGUGCUGACUUUUCGUGGUGCUCAAAUUCACUAUGCUUACUGAUCCUACACGCAAUGACGUACCCCAUCACAGUCGCCACAACAAUACCAAAUGCCAAAUGUUUCUGUUACGACAACUCUAAAUUCCAUUCAUAAAAUCAGAUGAGCUGUCACUUACGCAUUGG